AUGCCUCGCGAGUGGGAUGAUGGAGCGGCCCGGCACAAGCGCCGCGCCGAGGAUCGACGUGAGACGUCCCGUCCCUCUCCCGAUGCCGUUCGCCGGGAAGAAGAGCUCCCGCGUGAGCUGCGGGAACCCCGCGAUGGCCGCCGCGAUGAUCGUCGCUCCCCGGCCCGCCGCGACUCCCGGGGCCGGUCCCGCUCCCCCCGUCCGGCAACUUCUGGGGACUGGCGGUCGCGACGACGCACGCCGUCCCCGGCCCCGCGACGUGGCCUUAGCCCAUCCCCGUCCCUGGCGGUGCGCCCCCCGUCUCCCCGUGCCCAAGCCCCAUCGUCCGCCCCUGCUCGGAAGUACGUGCCGCCCCAUGCCUCUGGCCCCUCUGCUCCUACCGUUGCUGCCAUCCCGGGCGGCGCCCCUUCCCACAGCCGCCAAGGCCCCGCCAAGAAGAAGAAGCGUCGUGGCCAGGGUCGUGGCAACCCAGCCAUGCUCCCCCAUCGGCCCCGGGCACCUUCUCCGCCCCGGGCCCCGUCUCCAACCUUCCUCGCCCCCCUUACUUCAAUUGCGGGGUGGCGGGCCACUCGCAAGUCAACUGCGUCAACCCCCAGUGCUGCUACCUCUGCAAGGACCCCAGGCAUCCCGCCCUCCUAUGCCCAGAUCGACCGCUGA